GGCUCCGACAUCCAUCAAACGCCUAAGCUAGUGAGACGGCAGCGGGGACCCGGAAGAGAAGCUGCCGCUGGGGCGAGUUACUUCCCCGCCCGCCCCUCGGAGGAGAGAGGCAGCCCGGUUACACCAUGUUACAGUUUCUGCUUGGUUUUGCUCUUGGCAAUGUGGUUGGGAUGUAUCUGGCUCAGAAUUAUGAUAUUCCUGACCUUGCAAAGAAACUUGAAGAUAUUAAAAGAGAUGUGGAAGCUAAGAAGAAACCUCCCAGUGACAAAUCCUAAGCCACUGAUGUUGCCCGGAUCAUCUCCAAACAAAUUUCAAGGAUGUAAUUCCCCUUCAAGCUACAAAUUCCAAGUAGAAGUGUGGCUUUUGGGGAUUUCCUCCACUUCCAGUCUCCCAGAACCUGAGCUGAAGUGCAAUCAUGAAUGUGCGGUGAGACCUAACAUCAGGAGUUUCAGGGAACCUGAUUCUGAGCUGAUGUAACUGGAAAAGAAAGUUUGGAUUUUCUUGCUGUUACCUAAUAUUUUAUAAUCAAUUUUUAUAUGGCUCAGCUGGAGAUCACUGCAAAUCCUACAGUUAUUCUUACCUGAUGCUUUAUAAAAUUAAUGCUUAAAAUGCCUCAAAAGAAAUUAAAACAAAUGUAUCCAGAAGUCACUUCUGAAGAAUUCUUUUGUUCCGAGUUUUAUAUUACUCCACUGUCCUUUCUUUAAUCCUCCUGUGUGGGACUGAAUCAUGGAUAAUUUCAGUCCCUGUGCUGGAGAUGGAAUGAGAGCUUUCUGAGUGUCCAGUGAAUUUACAUGUAAAGUUGUCUGUUUCCACUGUUGUAUAUUAUCUUGUUUUUGGCUCAAAAGGAUGUAAAAGACUACCAACUUUAACCUACAUUUUACCUUCACUGGUUUUUCUUUCUCUGCUCUGUUGCAUUGCCUCACCCCAUUUCAUUUUCACUCCUUUCCCCUCCCCUUGGUCACUUUGGAACACUUAUCUUAGGCUGUGGAUGAUGAAUCAGCAGUUGACUAAGUGAAUUUGAGUCCUCUUCUAAAAAUGGUUAAGCGUACAGCCCUUUUGCAUCCUCUCCUUAUUAUCUCAAACAGCUCUCUUCCCCGGGAUGAGAGGAUUAGCACACUGAGUGUAGUAUUUGACACACCUUACCAGUCCUUCAGCCCCCUGCAUUGCCUACAAACCUUUUCUUUUGUAAUUGGACAGUAAUUUUAGUAUGUAUACAGGUUCAUCUUAUCACCUCACUGAGCAUGCUCUGGCACUACUUAGCCUAGUGUGUUCCCCUUUACCUCUCUCAACCACAAUAUAUUAAAUGGAAAUGCAAACCCUUUAGUAGGAGGCAUUGAUUCAUUAUGUAAAUGAACUCUUUUUGGCCUGAACUGUAAAUGAGACACAUCCUAUCUGGUAAAAAGAGAUGUAAAUUUAUUAGUUAAAUCAAUUUUUAAUUUGCAUUAAGUGCAACAGCCCAUCAGUUUGGAUUUUUACUGUUCUCCAUUAAAAAAGCAUCCAUCCUUUGCAUUUCACACGUUUUUAGAAGUACGUGUAUAAAUAAACAGACCCAUCAGGUACCCCUUAUCGGUAACCCUGCAGCAACAACUAUAACAAGAAUUAAUUAAUGUCACAACACCUAUAUAAGGUAAGGGGGUGGAAUUAUCCCCAUUUUACAGAUGGCAAAUUAAGGCAGAGAGAGAUUAAAGCUAAAAUUGUCAGAGGUGUCCCUUAAGUUUGGGUAGCCAACUUGAGACACACAAGGCUUUAUUUUUCAGAGUAUUUAGCAUUUUAUAGCACUGUAUAUGUUCAAAACAACUCAAUUUGACUCUAGUUGCAGUUGGAGUGCUCAAUACUUCUGCAAAUUGGGCCUGGGUAUUUCAGGUUGGGCACCCAGUAUAUGUGAAAUAUACAGUCAGUGAUCUCUAGUUUAAAAGUCUGAUUCAAGUAACUUGCUCGGCAUCACACAGGAACCCCAUGGCAUAGGAAGGAUAGAAUCCAGUUUUCUAGGGCAGCAUUCACCUAAAACCAUCCUUUCUUUUCCUACAAUUCCCUGUCUCAGUCACUACUGCUAUUGCAACAAAUGACAGAGGGUUUCUGUGACCAGUAGCCACCUUCACUACAGAGCCCUUGUUCCUUAGCACCUAUAUACCCUCCAGCCCCCUCCCACUGCUCUCCACCUCAACAGCUCCUGUACCCCUCAGCCUUCCCCCACCAUCCUUCAACUUCUGCAACUGCCUUUUCUCUGCCUGGCCCCCUCUCCAACCCCAUUCAAAUCAGGGUUCCUUUCUCCUGUACCUCGGUGCCAGCAGGGGGAGCACAGAGAACAGGAGGAACAAUUGCAGGGAAAUUCCUGCUCAGUCUUGAAUCCUGGGGCUGGAGCAUGCACAGAGCAGUCAGAAACUUAUGAGCAUUUAGCUGCCAAUCUUAUUCAUUUGCAACUUUACAGAGGCUUAUAACUUAACCAAAUUUGGGCACAUUUUCACUGGAAUGGCAAAUGGCACUCCCUGACCAAUUUCAAAUCCAGGCUUCAAAAAGCAGAGGCUUUACAGCAGGGAUCGGCAACCUUUGGCCCAUGGCCUGUCAGGGAAAUCCGCUGGCAGACCGGGACGGUUUGUUUACCUGCAGCAUCCGCAGGUUCAGCAGAUCUCAGCUCCUACUGGCUGCGGUUAGCCAUUCCAGGCCACUGGGGGCUGCGGGAAGCAGCGGCCAGCACACCAAACCUGCGGAUAUGGCAGGUAAACAAACUGUCCCAGCCCACCAGCAGAUUUCUCUGAUGGGCCAUGGGCCAAAGGUUGCCAAUCCCUGUUCUACAGUUUCUCAGCCAAAUAGUUGUGUGUGUUUUUUGUUUUUUUUUUAAUAUGGGCAGAACUAUUAACUUUUAAUCUCAUUCUUGGAAAUGGCCAAGCCAUUUUAGCUGAAAUUUUCCAGAAAAGUUGACUCUGAGUCAAAUACUUGGCAUGGAAAAUUUCAGACUGAAGAAUGAAAGUUUGGCAAGGUUAUAAACGACUGAAAACAGGAUCUUAUAGAACAAUCUUAGUAAUAGAUGGUACCAUCCCCACCUAUAAAAAUAAACAAAGUAGAUAUUAGACAUUCCUACCAGCCGUUUAAAAUGGUAACACUAUUUGUUGGGGAUUCCCAUAGGCAUCAUGGUAGAAGUGGGUCUGGAGAAGGAGAAAAUAGCAUCACUGAUGAUAGGAAUUCCCUAGGAAAACACAGCUAUGCUUAACCACUGUUGAGCGCACAUGAUUCUUUGAGAGACUCGCUUUGGGUGAUUCAAAAUCUAUUCAAGUUAAUCUUGCAGUCUGUACUUAUGCGCUCUCCCCCUAAGUAUUGAGUACAGAACUAGACUCAUGCUGCCUACUUUUUUUAAAAGCCCCUUUUGAAAAUGUGAUGGAUUUGGUAAUAAACAAUCUGAGGGAAAUUAUUUUUCUUCCUUUCUCCAGAACUUUAGAGCCAAAAUUUUGACAUACUAUACUUAAAACCACUCUGAUUUCUUCAGUUACCACCUACAAUUAUUUGAACACUUAUUGUGAAUUUAGUUUUUUCCCAAGGAGUAUAUUUUGCUCUUCCUGCACAUCACACAAAGAUGAGUAGGGAAUGAGUAUUUAAGGUUUCUCUAUAAUUUUUGACCAUAGAAGCUGCUUUAGCAUGAAAGGUGCAAUUUAUAUCUCAAACGUUCAUCUGAUAAUUCACAACACAUGUCAAGAAAUUUUAUAUCAGCCUAAAAAGAUUUUCAAAUAGGAAGAACCAGGCAUAUCUGUAGUGCUAUAUAAACAAUACAAAAGUAUUAAUAAUAAGGGUUUAAGUUUUUAAGUAUUCCACAAAGUUUGCAACACCUUGCAUGAUUAGUCCAAAAUUACUUUUCUUCCACCUGGAAAAUUGGAGAGCUUGAUUACAUUUUAGAAGGCAGUAAUUCUUGAAAAUUUUUCAAGCCCUAUACAAUUGCAUUAAACAUAAGAGUUAGCCAUAGGCUACACUACAUUAUACUGCUGCAUAACCCUCAUUUACAUCCGCCUGACAGAAAUUCUAUCUGGCAUAAAGCGUGCAUGAUGCAUAGUGCCUGCAAUGCAUGUUACAGUAGGGUUCAGAAUUGUUUUGGCCACAGAGGUGUUAUAGCAGGUCACACACAGCUUAGACUAAUGGAGAGUAUCUUUGAGACACCAUCUGGCAGCCGGUUUCCCAUUGCACUCAGGAAUCACUGCAAUGAGCAUAUGAACGAUACGGAGGUAAAUAGCUGAAUCACCAACCAGAAUCUACAACCUCUCUUCCUUGGCAAAAGCGCCUAGGAUUAACUGGGGAGCAACUACUAGCUCCAUUUUCUAUGGCUGAAUCCUUCAUGGAGGCACAGCAAUGGGAGAGAACAGAGCACAGCCUGUUUCAAAGUUUGGGGAAGGAAGAUCUGGAACGCUACCGCAGAGAGGCUACAUUACAGAAGUUUAAAUAACAAAGGUAGAGCCUUUGACCAACAAAUAGUAAAUCACAGAAUGCUUCAAACCAAAAAGCUGUCAAUUUAGCUCAAGUUUAGCAUUUCCUCUGACCCACAUCUAACCCAACCACCUGCUAUUAGAGUCACUGGGCUGGUUGUCUGUUGCCUGUUAUAGCUACCCCAGUUAUCCCAGAAUACCUUGCUAUGGAAAACUGCUGAUGCAGCCUCCCCACCCAAUAUACAGGCGCUCAUUGGCCUCAUUCAGGUCAAGCAGCGCCAAACUGAGACUCCUGCAGAAUCCUCAUUUAUACAAAUUAAGG